AUGACCAACGUUAGUUUCAAGCACAAAACAGUGAUAAUAUUCAAGCUUGUAAUGCUAAGAAAGAAAUCCCACUCACUGCCUGCCCUCACUACCAUUCCUACGACCAAGCACAUCAGCGAAUGUAGGAUCACCAAGAACGAAGAAUCAAUUAAAGAAGUGGAUGUGAAAAGAGACAGAACAUCACAACACAGGCCCAAAUCCAAUCGUGAAACAAACCCUAUUGGGUACGGGGUACCAUCGGCCGCUGCAUCCCUUCCCUCGCGUCCCGACUCUUCGCUUGACAUUCUAGCGGCGGCGGCGGCUUCCUCUUCCUUCGUCGCUGCAUCUUCUGGCGGCUUCGCGUGGGGCGGGACGCAGGCGGCCACGGCGCUUGGCCCAGCGGCGCGGACGCACGGCGGCCAGGGCGCUCGCCGGCCUUGCCCCAGCGGCGCGGGCGCGCUGCUGCUGGACAGCGGCGGGGAGCCGAGGAGGCCAGCCGCAGGCAAGGACGCGACUACGCAAGGUGGGCGGGCGGGCGCCGGCGGCCGCAGCGUGCAGCGCUGCGAAGCUCUGGAGUUUGGAGGCAGGCAGGCGAGCAUCAACCAAGCAACAGAGCAGAUUUCCAGUAUGUCGAAAAGAACUUUGAUGAACUACUAUUCAAGUGCAAGUGGCAGUGGCAGUGGCUCAACUCCACAUACUAAUGAGAGCACAAGUCAACCAAAGAAACUGAGGGAAGAGUUUAGUCAUUCAAACCUAAUUGCUGACCCUGCACAACACAAACCAAUUGAUUCUUAUGAUCCAGCAAUUAGAGACCAAUUAAAGAGAGCAUAUGCUUUGAGUGGUCCAACCCAACCUCAUGAAUUUAAAUUUCCUUCUAAAUGGAUGGUUGAUCAAUGGAGAACGUUUCAAAAAUGUUGCAAGAUUUCUUAUCUUUUCGUGGAGAUGAUGAGAGUUGUACUUCCCUCAACAAAGAUGAUAUCUCCAGAUAUACAAAAGGAUCUUGCAAAAGCUUGUGCAGAGGAAGUCACAGCUGUCAGUAUGGAUGAGAUUCGAGGGCAAGUGGUGGAGAGAUUUCUUGGACUUCAGCAUGUUCAGAGUUGUAUAGCUAUUGCAUUGAAAGAAGCUUUGGUUGAUAUGCUUUCAAGUCACAAUUUGUCUAUCUCUAUGCUUCGUGGGCAAGGGUAUGAUGGAGCUUCUAAUAUGAGAGGUGAAUUUAAUGGGGUGCAGAAAUUGAUUCGUGAUGAAAAUCCUUAUGCUUUCUAUGUGCAUUGUUUUGCCCAUCAAUUACAAUUAGUGGUUGUUGCUGUUUCCACUUCUAGUGCAGACAUUGCAGAUUUCUUUAACUAUGUUCCUUUAAUAGUCAGCAAUGUGGGUGCAUCUUGUAUGAGAAAAGAUGCCUUGCUUGCAAAGCAUCAGGAUGUGUUGCUAGAAAAGAUUGAGAAGGGUGAGAUUAUAACUGGAAAAGGUUUAAAUCAAGAAAGUAGCCUAGCUAGGCCAGGAGAUACAAGAUGGGGUUCACAUCUUAAAACUUUGCUUCGCAUUUUGGCGAUGUGGGAGGCUAUCAUAGAUGUGCUUGAGAUAGUGAAAAAAGAUUCUAUUAAACCAAGAAAUAAUGGUGGAGCUUUAGGUUUAAUUGAAAAAAUGGAGAGCUUUGAUUUUGUGUUCAUCCUGCAUUUGAUGAUACAAUUGUUGAGCAUGACAGAUAUUUUGUCACAAGCUUUGCAAAGGAAGGAUCAAGACAUAGUUGAAGCAAUGCAUUUGAUCUCAGAUAUGAAAGAUAGCUUGCAGGAUAUGAGGGAAAAUGGAUGGGAGCCAUUACUCAAAAGAGUGAUAACAUUCUGUGAGAAGAAUGAGAUUGAAGUGCCAGAUAUGGAUAAGGAAAUAAAUGUUAGAGGGACACCUAGAAGAAGGAAGCAAAAGGUAACAAAUAUGCAUUACUAUCAUGUUGAGCUUUUUCUGGUCGUCGUUGAUGCCCUCUUGACUGAGAUGAAUCAUCGGUUCAGUGAAACUAGUUCAGAAUUAUUAGUAUGCAUGACUACUUUUAACCCAAGGGACUCCUUCUCUAAUUUUGAUGUGAAGAAACUUGUGAGGCUUGCUGAAAUUUAUGCCGAUGAUUUUGAUAUUGGUGAACUUGCUGUUUUGCCAAAUCAUCUUACACAAUUUGUCAACCGUGCUAGAAGAACUCCAGACUUUCUUGGAUGCACUGAGCUUGGAAAAGUUGCUAAAAUUAUGGUCAAGACUAAAAUGCACACAUCUUAUAAAUUGGUUUAUCGUCUCAUUGAGCUAAUCUUGAUACUACCAGUGGCAACAGCUUCAGUUGAGAGGAUAUUUUCAGCCUUGAACAUUAUAAAGACAGAUUUGCGCAAUAAAAUGGGUGAUGAAUGGCUCAAUGAUUUGAUGAUAUGUUAUACUGAGAAGGAGAUAUUUAGAAAGAUUGAUAAUGAAAAGAUCAAAAAGCGGUUUCAAGAGAUGAAAAAGCGAUGUUGCUACUUCGGAGGAAUAAUGUGGGGGGAUUUAUUAGUUUCAAAAUUGGUCCUUUCGUCUUCAUGGACACGAGCUCUCAGUUCGUCCUCCCACCACCGGAAGGGGCGCACCUCCAUGGGCGGCAGUUCCUCGACGGCGAAAUUAAACGGGCAGCUGGAGCAGGGCGGGGUGGGCGCGGUCGAAUCCUUGUGCAAGGGCGGGGCUGAGCUAUUGCGGCGGGGGAGGAGGGGCAGGCGACGGGAGAUGGAGCCUGCGCCCAUGAUCGCCCGCAUCGGGUGCCUAUCAAAGGCACCUCCCCAACCACAAAGCGAGGUCGUGGCUUCCCCUGUCUCCGGCGAUGGCGGCUCCACGUGGUCCGGUCUUCUCCAAGACGUCUGGCGGCGGCGCGCGGCUGGCGCCAUCAUCCCUGCCAAUGGCGGAUCCGCCUGCACGGGCCUGGGUGGCAUCGCCGGGAUCUGCGGUGGCGGUGUUGGGGGAGGCGACGCGACGGCCGAUGGCGAAGAGACUGGUGGCGGCGGCGGCUGGGAGGCAGAGCGAUGGCGGCGGCGUCGGCGUUCGGCGUUGGCGACAACCGCCGCAGUGAGCCACCUCCCGCUCCGGUUUGGGUCAUCUCAGGGGCUGUAG